AUGCUCAAGAUACAGACCGCCGCAGUGCCGCCAAGUAUCCACUCUUCGCGCACUAUCCACGACCCCUCCGGCGACUCAAAGUCCGCUUCCGUGCGCAUCACGUCUACCUCCGUACAAGCUUCCGAACAACAAUCUUCAACUACUCGGGCUGAUCCCGCCUGGGGCUUCAUGAACGGCAUCGUCGGUACCGCCCCUAUGGGGGCCAUGUACGUUCGCGCCCUUUACGACUACGAGGCCGACGAUCGCACCAGUCUCAGCUUUCACGAAGGAGAUGUUAUUCAAGUCAUAACACAGCUCGAGAGCGGCUGGUGGGAUGGUGUCAUAAACGGUGUUCGAGGCUGGUUCCCAAGUAACUACUGCCAAAUUAUUACGAGUCCCGACGAUAUUCCCGACAGUGCCCAUAACGGAGUCUUCGACGCUGCCGAAGAUGAGGUCGAGGAUCCUGAGAUUUACGAUGACCAGUAUGAUCAAGACGAUGACUCUGAACAAGAUGGCCCUAUCGCACUCCCACUCGAGGGGACAGAUGGUGGAGAUAGCUCAAGGGCCGAUUUUUGGAUUCCCCAAGCGACCCCCGAUGGGCGCUUGUUCUACUACAAUAUGAUGACAGGAGACCGUAGCAUGGAACUGCCUUUAGAAUCUCCUGUGUCCGCCAACGAGACUGGCCCACGAGACCGAAUGAACGUUAAUAUCCCCGACAAGACCAGGCCGCCUCCUGAGAUGAUGGCUCGUGGUCUGACCCAAGACGAGGACGAUGAAUAUUUGACAUCCGCGUCCGAGGCUGAAGGUGACUCGUCGAGACUAGCCUCACGUCGUUCAAAGCAUCGCCACCGUGCCUCGUUUGGUGCCUUGUCGCCAUCAACAUCUAUGGAUUCGAUUAACGGCACAUCGCCUGUCGGCCGCAUUCGAAAUGGCGUCGCAUCGAAUGGCCAUCUUGCUGCAGGUCAAGUCCCUAACAUAGCAUCGGCGACCUCGUUUACCAGCACUACUUAUAACCUCCCCACUACGGCUACUGUUCCUCGAUCAUUUUUCGAUGAUGGCUCCACGCCUUCUCUCAGUUGGACUUUACUCGUCUCUAAUAUGCGGCGCGCUAUCGACCGCUACCGCGAAGCUAUUAUGAAUAACAACCGCUCAGAAUAUGUAGCAAAAGCUGAAGAUAUAUCUGAUCACUUACGAUUGCUGCUUGCCGCUGGCUCAGGGACUACUGACAACCAUUCGGGUCAACCCUCUAUCAUUUCGACCAACAAAGCUCUGUAUCCUCACUUCCGCGACAUGAUGUCCAAAUUCUCCAAGCUUGUCAUUUCUUCUCACAUAGCAGCUGCGGAUUGGCCCAAUGCCGAGUCCAUCCAGAAGUGUCUGCAAGAGGCUGAUGGCGUUCUCAUGGGUGUAUACAGCUACGUGGAAGUGGCUCGGCAGCAGCGUGGCGAAGAGAUCCCUCGACUCUUCCCAGGCUUCGUUAUUGGCAGCACUACUGGUGGUAGUUGGCAAAACAAUGGGCUGGGUCCCCGAGAUGAAAUCACGGCCAAUUUCCUUGAAGACGAAGAGGGUGUCGUGGAACCCACCGCAAUUCUUGACAACAAAAUGCUCGAGCGACUGGACGAACAGAAGCGCAUCCUCGUAUCUAGCAUUCGGGAACUAGACAAAAGCCUUGUUGUGCUAGAGAAGGUCGUCACACCUUACAGGCACGAGGUCAUCGGUAACAAUGUCUGUUUUGCUGGCGGAAGGGUUCUUGAUACAUUCAGGCAAUGGAUAGCCAUGAUUGAGUCUAUUGAUCUGUCUUCUUUGGGCAACAGCUUCCAGACACCUCAAUUAUCUGACCUCGGUACCAACAAGCAGAGCCUUUACGAUAAUAUAUCUGACCUCAUCCUGGGUUGUCAAGCCGUUGCUGGCCCUCUGGCCGACGAAUGGUCCGAAAUUCGUGGUGAGGCAUUGGAGAACCGUUUGGAAUAUGUCCGACAGUGCGCCCGAGCGCUCGAAACCAACUCUUCCCACAUUGGUUUCUCCCUGCAACUGCUAUCUGAGCAAGUCCAGAUCAACAUGCAACAACACCAGACGGAACCACGGCCUCGCGAGAACUCCUUUGUCCGGAGCACUCUACAAAGAGGUGAGACAAUGCCCUACGACCGCCCACACCAGCGCACCGAAUCGAGAACUGCUCCCGUGCGGCCGCCUCUCAUCACAUCACAAUCGUUUACCGAGGGCGAGCCUGCACCUGGCAACAUGCGUAGAGGUGACUACUCCAAGGUGAAAAAGAUCUUUGGCGAAGACCCGUCCCCACAGGUCCCAGUAACAGAAGACACACCCGAAUUUCUGCUCCUAGAUUAUGAACAUGAGGUGUCAUGGGACAGCAAGACAUCGCCCCCUACCGUCAAGGGCGGAUCCCUGCUAGCCCUCGUCGAGCAGCUCACUCGUCACGACAAGCUUGAUUCAAAUUUCAAUAACACAUUCCUCCUUACAUAUCGAUCUUUCACAACAGCUCGAGAACUUUUCGAAAUGCUUAUCAAACGAUUCAACAUCCAACCGCCAGAGGGCCUCAGCCAGGUAGACUUCGAGAUCUGGAGGGAUCGAAAACAAAAGCUUAUUCGGUUCCGUGUUGUUAACAUCCUGAAGAACUGGUUUGAUAACUUUUGGAUGGAGGAUUAUAAUGACGAGUCUAAACAGCUUGUCCGUGACGUCUACAGCUUCGCGAAAGAUACAGUCAAAUCGACAGAAACACCCGGUUCGGCACCUUUGAUGGCAGUCCUUGAUCAAAGACUGAGUGGUAAGGAGGCCGGUGCUCGCAGGAUGAUCCAAACGGUGAACCAGAACACGCCGACGCCGAUCAUGCCUAAGAACAUGAAGAAGCUGAAGUUCUUGGAUAUUGAUGUAAUCGAAUUUGCCCGUCAGCUCACUAUCGUCGAAUCCCGAUUGUAUGGCAAGGUGAAGGCGACAGAGUGUCUGAACAAGACAUGGCAGAAGAAGGUCCCUGAGGGCGAACCUGACUUGGCGCCUAACGUCAAGGCACUCAUCCUACACUCGAACCAAAUGACCAACUGGGUCGCCGAGAUGAUCCUGGCCCAGAUGGAAGUCAAGAAGCGAGUGGUCGUUAUCAAGCACUUCGUUUCUGUUGCCGACCGCUGUCGUGUUUUGAACAACUUUUCAACGCUGACAUCGAUUAUCUCUGCAUUGGGUACUGCACCCAUCGCUCGACUCAAGCGGACAUGGGAUCAGGUGCCACAACGUACACAUGCUACGUUAGAAUCGAUGCGCAGGGUGAUGGCGAGCACCAAGAAUUUCGGCGAGUACCGAGAAGCUCUUCAUGCCGCUAACCCACCUUGUAUUCCCUUUUUCGGUGUCUACUUGACCGAUUUGACAUUCAUCGAAGAUGGUAUUCCCUCUAUUAUCAAGAAGACUAACCUCAUUAACUUCGCUAAACGUGCUAAAACUGCUGAAGUCAUUCGAGACAUUCAGCAGUACCAAAACGUGGGAUAUUCACUUCAACCCGUGCCGGAGUUGCAAGACUACAUCUUGAACAACAUGCAGGCCGCCGGUGAUGUGCACGAGAUGUAUGACAAGAGCUUGCAGGUUGAGCCUCGUGAGCGAGAGGAUGAAAAGAUUGUGAGGGUUUUGGCCGAGUCUGGGUUUCUAUAA